ACGGCUCCUUUGCAGCGGUAGCUUGACUCCAGACUUGCCGAACUGUUUGAGGACAUCUGCAGCUGUGUUGACCAAAAGGUGCACGAAGAGACAUUGGUUUGUCUUCGUGGCAUACCACGUGGGCAAACAACUGAGCGAUUCUCUGACGUGAAUGAGGCUAUUUGAGACAAGACAGUUGUGCAAUUCCAAUGUUCUCUAGAACGAUAGGACAUCCCACAGAAUACACCGACAUUUACCAGGGGGUGUUCCUUGAAAUGCCGUGCGGACCCGACACAUUUCACCAUACGGCGUAGCGUGAUGGCCACACGGUUUGCGGAGGCCUUGGCGGUGGUUCGCAGUAUGGCAUUGCAGAAUGGCCAGCUGCAGGCCGUGGCGCAUCUCGAAGUGUCUGCGGCCACCACCACCCUCGGGGGUCCCGAGAUGCCGACCACGCGCACUCGGCUUGUCCCGGCGCAAGAGCGGGAGACCGAGAGCUCGGACGGCUGGGUGGACGUGCUCUUCCGAUCCGAGUUUAGCACGAUCAUCGUGGGCGGCAGCUACAUUUGCUUUCUAGCCAACUUCCUGUUCUUCGGCAUCACCUAUGCCAUGCCACAGGUCUUCAGGGUGGUGCAGUCACCAUUUCAUCCAGCCACCCAAGUCUUGGUGGUCACCAGCGCAGAUCUUCCAGCCUGCUUGUUGGCCAGCCUGCUGAUCCGCUCUCAGGCUUACGGCCAUAGAGACAGCUUGUCGGCCCUCGCGAUGGUCUUGGCCAUGCUUCUGCCAACACUCAUGAUCCUUGAGCAUGGAGAUGAAAGCCUAGUGACUGUGGCCACCUAUGCGUGCUUUCUGGCCAAGUGCGCCGUGACGGCGUUCUUCACGAUUGCAUACGUCUACAUCACCGAGAUCUUCCCCUCAGCAUGCAGAUGUACCGCAGCAUCAGCUUGCAUGGCCGGAGGCCGCAUUGGGUCUAUCCUGGCACCCUUGGCCUUUGAACUCUUGGCACAGAAGGAGUCCCACAUGCUCUUCUGGCUCUUGAGCUCUAUCCUAUGCGUCUUCGCAGUGGCAGUGAUCAAGCGUUGCCUGACCUUCGAGCUCAAGGGUGAGCCAUUGGAGGAUGUGGUGCUGAAGCGCGGUGACCUACGCGUGAAGAGGCCAUCACUGUUGACUCCGAGCUCAGAGAAGCGAUUGCAUCGCAGGUACACGUCCUCAGCACAGGAAAUUCCAUGGAAGCAAGAAGCUGCGGCGAUGAGUGUGUAGAUCCCCUUUGGGCCGAAGCGAAGCCCAGCGCAAAAUGGAAGACGAACGAGACCA